GUAUAUAUAAUGGUAAAAGUACUAGGCGAACUUUCGCUGCCUCAACAGGAUCCGGGGGGGAAUCAACAACAGUUGAACAGAAGCAGAGAACAAGGUCCAGAGGUAGCUGAAGAAGGAGAAAUGUCAUCAAGCAGCUGUACCAACCCGCCGUUCAUGUCCCUCCAAAGCUUUUAUGGAACCCUCUCUGAAAAUCUCAGAAACAUCCCUGAUGUACACAAAAAGUUCCUUUAUAAAUGCUUCUGUAAAUUAGACAGAAGAUUUUAUAUCACUGGCUUUAGUCCUCACACAAAAGUCACCAUCAUCAACAACAUACUUUUAGCAGCAGUCUUCUACAAACAGAAAUGUUUUCUCUUUGACUUGGAGCUGGACAGAAGAUCUGCUGACCUCAGUUUAACUCUUAUCAUCUGCACACCAAACAUCCAGGAAGAGGGCCAGCGGCAGGAGGAUCCCUCCUUUACUCUGCAGAGGAUGAAUGUUGCAGAGAAUAUGGUUCCACAUAAUUGUUUUGGUUCAGAUUAUCAGCUACUGAGCCUCGAUAAUAUCGAUGAUAACAAAAGAGAAAAAUGGCAGCUUCUCUUGGAGAAGAGGAAGAAUAGAGGAGCAACUGCUGGUGUUUUUAAAGACGAUACCUUAAUUCAAGUUUUUCAUAAAGAGAAGCCAGAUUAUAAGACCAAACAGAUUUUAAAUGACCUUGCGGUUCACUAUGAGGAGUUAUUACUCAUAGAAAUUCAGCAAUAUUUGGUGAUGUUAACACAAGAGGAAAAGAAUGAAGGCCAAGAGAGUAGGAUGGAAAUUCUGAUUUAUAUACCCAGUAGUCCAUGUAUUAAGAGAGAGAAAGACAAUAUUACCCCCUGUUUCUUUUUGCUGAUACAAAAAGCAAAUCAGUGGAAAGAACAAUUCAAGUUUUUAAAUUUUGCCAUUUGUGUGGGAUUCACAGAAUAUUGGGGACCACUUAGUCCAAACGUUCUCAACAAUGUCUCAGAUUCAGUAAUCUUGAGUACCAAUAGUGUUUUUUGGCCAUACAUUGGAAGUAUCUGCUUUAAACUAAAUUGGAAUAAAUUUAAAAAUAAAAUUAGUAAAAUGCUAAAAGAAAAGAAAUUUCAAAAGAUCCAAAAUCUGGACAAAAACUUAAGGACAUGUAAUGAAAAACUUCGUAAUUUGACACAGUCGGAGUUUGAAUUUAGACAACAUUUAAAUGAUGGAAACAAAAUCAUUUCUUCCAUAUUUUCAGAGAAUGAUCACAUUUGUAAGGCUUUAUGCAACGUCUGGGAAGAAGAGGUUAAUAAUCAAAGGCUGGAAAUUAUAAAGGAUAAAGUCAUAAAAGAUUUUAACAACAUGUUCGCCAAUAUUUUUCUAAGACAACAGAAUUUGUUUUUCAGAAAUGACAACUUAGAAUUUUGUAUAAUUCCAAACCAACAACAACCAAAGUGAGGGGGGGUGUUGGUCCCUGUUAGAAUAAUUCUGUUAUGAUCCAAUGAUCUUUGUGAAAAGUCUACAAGUUAAUGCUGUAAAUGUCCAUUGCCUCUUUUUCACCUUGUGAGUGUGAGAUAAGGGCAAGAUGUCCUCUGCGGGUAGUCAAAACACCAUGCCUAAACACACCCAUUUGCGGAAGGUUGUCUUCUGUUUUCUGUUCACUGUCUGUAUAAGAACCAAUGCUUCAUGCAUUUAGUCAAUCACUUGUUCAGACUCUGUACUGUACAUGUUGCUCCUUGCUGCAAGUAAAGCAUUGCUUUGACCUAA